UGCGACUUUGGCACUGAUCAGCACAACCUCAAGCGCGCGUUCACUGAACUUGGCAUCGAGACGGCAUCAUCAGUCGACGGAGGUCCUAACCAAUGUUUCUACGUCGAACAUAUGUACGGAGCUAAGGUACUAAUGUCGACGCGUUCCACACCACCGUUAAGGGAGCAGGGAUAUUGGGUCGAUGAUAGGCGGUACCGUAUGACAGGCGCCCACUUCUCGAUCGGUAUCAACUCGGCUUCGGAUAUCAUGUACUUCCUCAAUGUGCGGAGCGCUCAGCAUGCCGCCUGAUUAUACGGGCCAUUGCACCGGCUCUGAACGACCAGCUGCCUGCGUUGCGUAGCAGCUCAGAUAUCGCGUGGGGUUUCUGAAAUCGCAUAAACUGGGGAAGAUUGGGCAACAUCAGAGCGUUCAUGAGCAUGAUAGCGAUCCACGCUGAUACCGCAUGUAUCAUUGCUCAUGCUCUGAAGACGCGGAAUGCAGACUUGCCUCUAGAGCAUCAGAUCGAGGGCGUGAGGCAUGACCGGGCACAACUUUCGAUGUCAAUGAUGUGGAGGGACAGGCGUUGUUGGAUUUGUGAAAUCCUUCAGUUGUGCAAAACUGACGUAAAUGCGUAGGAUUUCCGAAUGGGCUGACUUCUGGGUUCUUUCUAGCACAGCACAAGCGGCAACUUGGUGGAAUUAAGGUGACGCUGCCGUGGCUUAUUGAUUCGUGCUAGCCAAUCUCAAUUUAGUCAGGUACCGGUAUUGGUCACCAUG